AUGGAGUUCGGCCGCUUGGAUAGGCUUUUUGACCGCGUGGGGCACUUCGGCAGAUACCAGGUAUUUCUCUAUUUCACAUGUGCCUUCCAGAACAUCUCCUGUGGUAUCCACUACUUGGCUUCGGUGUUUAUGACAGUGCUCCCCAAGCAUACCUGCAUGCCCCCAGGCAAAGUGACUCGGGUUCUGUUCCACAAUGCCUCCAUGUGGAGGAUGGACGACAUCUGGAACCUGUUUACCUUAAGGCACGAAGAUCACAUUGUUGUGCAGCUAGAGGAUGAUGAGAUCUGGGAGCUCAAAAGUUGUCAGAGGUUCCGGCGGGAUAACAAGUCGAGUUUGAACUACGAAUAUAAUGGCCAUAAAAGUAGCUUUCCUUGUUUGGAUGGCUACAUCUAUGACAAGAGCAAAUGGGACAGCACUGUGGUGACUCAGUGGGACCUGGUCUGUAACCGAGAAUGGUUUGCAAGGCUGAUCCAGCCUACAUUCAUGUUUGGAGUCCUGCUCGGAGCGCUGAUUUUUGGCUACCUUUCUGACAGGGUGGGACGACGAUCUGUCUUGUGGUUCACAAGCAUUGGCAUGUAUUUGUUUGGCAUAGCGGCAGCGUUCACAUUGGAUUAUUACAGCUUCAUGCUUGCACGUUUUCUUCUUGCUAUUGUUUCAAGUGGCUAUCUAGUGGUGGUGUUUGUCUAUGUGACAGAAUUUAUUGGCAGGAAGGCUCGGACGUGGGCGUCCAUGCACGUGCAUUCCUUUUUUGCGAUUGGAACAAUGGCGGUGGCUUUGACGGCCUACUUAGUCAGGACCUGGUGGAUCUAUCAGCUAAUCCUCUCCACAGUGACUAUCCCCUUUGUUGUGGUCUGUUGGAUGCUCCCGGAGACCCCUUUUUGGCUUCUUUCAGAAGGAAGACAUGAAGAGGCACAAGUGAUAGUAGAUAAGAUGGCCAAGUGGAAUAGGACAAGCACUUGUAAGCUGUCAGAACUUUUAUCACUGGAUAUAUAUGGUCCUGCUAGUAAGCAGCCUUCUAAAAUUGAGGUGCACAAAUUCUCAGAUCUGUUUUAUGACUGGAAUAUUGGAACAAGGACAGUUAUUGUCUGGCUGAUUUGGUUCACGGGGUGUUUGGGAUUCUAUUUCUUCUCCUUGAAUUCUGUUAAUUUAGGAGGCAAUGAAUAUUUAAACCUCUUUCUCAUGGGUGCAGUGGAAAUUCCUGCCUAUGUUUUCGUGUGCUUGGGGAUGGACAGUAUGGGCAGAAGAAAUGUUCUGUUCCUCUUCCUCAUGUCAGGCGCAGUUUUCUGUGGUGUGAUUAUGGUAAUCCCCCCGGAUUAUCAUAAUUGGACUGUGGUGGCAUCUAUAGCUGGAAAAUUUGCCGUAGGGUCAGUGUUUGGCCUCAUUUACCUUUAUACAGCAGAGCUGUACCCAACUGACGCAGGCCCUGGGAAGUGGCAGCAUGGUGUCCCGUGCAGGAAGCAUCAUCGCCCCGCUCUCCCUUUACCUCUCUGGCAUUUGGACCUCCACGCCCCAGUUGCUUGUCGGGAUUUUGGCCUUUGUGAGUGGAAUGCUAACCCUAAAACUUCCAGAAACCCUCGGGAAGCCUCUGCCAAAUACUUGGGAGGAGGCAAUCAAACUAAAUGA